AUGGCAGCAGCAACCCUCGAACAAGCCCCAGCACCUACCACUAUCACCAAGCUACCGCAUGUCGUCGUCGUCGACGUCCAGCCCGCGUCAGCCGUGACCUCGACCGCGCCGUCCGUCGCCAGCGUCGACGUCGACAGCGACGCCGAAGAUGUGAGCGACAUCUUCGACACGGGCAUCUUUGCCCUCUUCGCCAUCCCGCCCAUCGGGUUCAGCACGGCGUCCCCAGACGAUCCGUACACGUACACGCCGCCUGUGGGCGCAGUCAACCGCUCCCCAGUCAAGGUCUGGCUGCCGCAGCCCCCGGCUGCCCUCCACACGGCGCUGCAGGCCAACAACCUCUGGCUCGCGGGCGUCUUCCUCGCCGACAGGAUAUGCACCGGCGAGCUCGCUCUCACGGGCCGCACCGUAGUCGAGCUCGGCUCGGGUGCCGGCCUGCCCUCUAUCGUUGCGGCGCGGGACUCGGGCGCGACCAAGGUCGUGUGCUCGGACUACGACGCGCCGGAGGUCAUCUCAGCCAUCGGGCGCAACUUUGAAGCGAGCGGCGCCGAUGCUGGCAAGUGGGCAGUGCUCGGCCACUCGUGGGGCACUGACCCGUCCAAGUUGCUCGCGCACGCACCGGGCGGGUUCGACGAGCUCAUCCUCGCCGACACGCUCUGGCAGACCGACUACCACCCAAUCUUGCUCGACAGCGUGCUGGCGCUUCUCGCUCCCAAUGGUGUCGUGCACGUCGCGGCUGGCCUGCACACCGGCCGCGGGCCGCACGAACGCUUCCUCGCGCUGGCCGAGACACGCGGCCUCCGCGCCCAGCUCGAGACCGAGGUGCAGUGGCUGCCCGACGGCGAGUGGGGCCCGCACGCGCCCAAUACCGAUGGGCUAGAGGAGGAGCGCGGCGUGGUCAUGUACUAUACCUUGCAUCGGCAGUAG